AUGUCCUCAGAAGAGUGCUCUCGUAAUGAGAGUUACGAUUUCGUACGGUAUGCUGUGAUUGUCUACAUAGGAACCCCGAUUGCACUUGCCGGUGUCGUCUGCAAUUGCAUUUUGUUGCGACUCUUUUCUCGGAUACGCUCCAGAAAAUCACCAACGCUAUACUUGCUCGUUUUGGCCAUUCUUGACUUGCUAAUGGAUCUGCUCUACAUCCCUUUGUUCACCGUGGAUGCGCUGGCUAUCUAUCAUGAAAAUGAAUUCCUUUACCAUAUAUGGCAUGUCUACGCCAUGCUCAUGUUUGGCAUGAGUCGAAUGGUGCAAUUCGCUUCGACGUAUAUGGUACUUUGCGCUACUAUGGAACGAUUUAUCGUUGUCGCUGAGAUCCAAUCGUUGGGACUCCUAGUAACAGAACAAGGUCGUUACAUCACUAUCGGGAUGGUUUUGCUAGCAUGCCUUGGUCUACGAGUACCCGCCUUCUUCGAAUAUGUGAUCACAUUCAGGCCUUACUGUCCUAUAUACAUGAGCUACGAUUACGUGCCAUGGCUAGCAGGCUGGCAGCACUAUCAGAUCUUCAACUUCUAUGUGAUGACGGUCUUGCACGUUUUCGUUCCUUUCGCCAUUCUGCUGAUCUUGAAUGUCUCCAUCGUUAUGCUGACGAAAAGAAAAAUACAUGGCGUCAGUUGGGCAGUCACAGCAUUGGUUGGCAUGCCAAAAGUUACAGAAAUGAUACGAAAAGAGACUAUGCAAACGUCGAAAAAACGUCGUGAUGAUUUUCGUUACGCGACACGUACAAUGGUUUCAAUCACCACAACCUAUCUUAUCUGUUCAUCGUUAUCUUUAUUCAUUUCCGUUAUGGAAAAUGUCUUUCCAAAAAAUACGCUACUUUUCAAUGAGGAUGGCAGCAGCACAACAUUCUACACAUUGGCAAGUGAUGUUGUCAGCAUUCUUGUAGCUGUAAACAGCUUACUGCGACUGUUCGUCUACAUGGUGUGCAGUCCGAACUUCCGAGAUCAAUUACGGGACGAGUUUCCCAUGUUUAACUGCUGCUCAGGAAAAAAGAAGCUGGAAGAGAACGCUGAGAAAUUUUCUUUCCAACAAACUUUGCUCGUGAGCAAUCCAACCACAGUCUAAAUUACACCAAAUAUAGUCCUUCAAAGUUGAUCACUAUUGAUUCAGUAGUACAUUACAUUUCUGAAGUUGUAUCUCCGCUCCGCCCCUUCGAGGACCAGUUCUCGUCCUUGUAUAGCUCGUAGAUUUUUGUUUUCAAAUAUUUUUAUGUUCAAACGUGUUUUUCAAAUUACAGU